ACGAGUCCAACUCGAGCACACACACGCACACACACUUCUUUCAGUCCUUUUCUCCUCCAUCGUCACCGACGCCCACGCCUCCCGUCUGCCUCGCUCCCGCGCGACACCCGCAACGCCGCACAUCUAUAAAGACGCCCGCACUCGCCCGCGUCAGCUCUCGUCCUUUCCGCCCCUCGCCCUGCAGGGACUGCUUUAUUGGAGGAAUUGAGACCCCAAAGGUGAGUUAGACUCGAGCCUGGCGCUGCCGCUGCCGCCUCCCGUUGCUUGCGGCUGUUUGGCGGUGCGGUGUUUCUCUCGCAGACUGUCGAUGCGCGCCGCCGUGCGUUGUUUUUCCCCUCCCUCCAUUCUGGCCGAGAGGCUGAACCCUCCGCGACGGCCUCGCCGGAAGCCUAUCGCGGAGAGGCCGCCCUAUGCCUCCUCACCCUCGUGCCCUCUUGCCUUUCUCGCUGAUUCCCUCGUCAUCCUUCCGUCGCUGCCCCUAUAGCUCCGGCUUGCGCCGCUGCUGCUGCUGAUCCUCCUCUGGUGGCAAACUUGUUAUGACUUGGCUUGCUUCCUGGCGCUUGGACAUCUUCUCGCCCUCUCCCCGUCCGCCCGUCCAUCAAAACUCGCUCUUGAGCCACUUGCUGACCGCCGCUCUCCGCGCAAAAAACAGUCUCUCUCCUUCUCCCUCACCCAUCUCGACUGCCUUUGGUCUUCUCAAAGGCAACCCGCUUCGCCACGGCUCCCCCGGCCGUGACCUUCGUCAGUGACCAAGAUUUCAGCCUCCGAAAGACAUCCCACAUCAUCAACGCCAUCCCUCCUCCCGCCGCUACUGCCGUCGCCGCACGCGCCUAAGCUCUCCCUCCACGCCCUCUUGUCUCUAGACGGGACCCCCUCUCAGCCCCCGCCCCCGUCGUCCUCCGACACCCACCAGCUGCCGCAUAGGAGGAACCAGGAGGUUCUUCCUCUCGCCGAGGAAGAGUCGAGGAGGCCUCGCCAGUCCAUUGAGGGAUCAGUCUGUCACUGCUUCCGACCCCCCUAACACCCGCCACGGUCGAUUGAAGUCUAAAUCUUUUCCACCUCACACGGCAAACCAUCUCAGCAAGAUCUACACCCCCUAAACACCAGGGAUAUGGUUAUGGCAACGACUGUCAUCGAGACUUACACUCAAGAUGUUAAUCAUGCUCAUAUGUUAAUGAAGAAGCCGCUCGUCGCCGAAACGCUUUUUCAAGACGAUGCCGUGGUUGAUCCCAAGCAACUGAUUGGCGAGGCUCUUCACCAACGCGUCCAGCAGGUCGACCAUGAAUUGUGCGACCCUGGCGAUGAGGACACCUUUUUUGUCGCGGACCUUGGCGAGGUCUAUAAGCAGCAUCUCCGCUGGAAGAAGGCCCUUCCCCGCAUUAAACCCUUUUAUGCUGUCAAGUGCAACCCUGACCCUCAGGUUUUGCGACUCCUGGCCGCGCUGGGCUCCGGCUUUGAUUGCGCCUCCAAGACCGAGAUCGAGCAGGUUCUUUCCAUGGGCGCCUCGCCUGAGCGCAUCAUCUAUGCUCAGCCAUGCAAGACCAACUCGUACGUCCGCUACGUCAAGUCUGUGGGCGUCAAACAGAUGACGUUCGACAAUGCCGAUGAGCUCUAUAAGAUUGCCAAGCUGUUCCCGGGCGCCGAACUGUUCUUGCGAAUCAUGACUGAUGACACGUCGAGCCUGUGCCGCCUCAGCAUGAAAUUUGGCGCCGCCAUGGACACCACGGAGAGCCUGCUGGCCCUAGCCAAGAGCCUCAGACUCAGCGUCGUCGGCGUCAGCUUCCACGUUGGGUCUGGCGCCUCUGACCCCAUGGCCUUUUACAAGGCGGUCCGAGACGCCCACACCGUGUUCCAGCAGGGCCGCGAGCUCGGCUUCGCCAUGCGCACCCUGGACGUUGGCGGCGGCUUCUGCGGCGACACCUUUGAGCAGAUGGCGGGCGUCUUGGACAGCGCCCUCGACGAGUUCUUCCCUGCUGGGUGCAGCGUCGACAUCAUCGCUGAGCCUGGCCGCUACUUUGUCUCUGCGGCGUUCACCAUUGCUUGCAACAUCAUUGCGCGCCGCACCGUCGAGGACCCGACGCUGGACGGCAAGGGCUACAUGGUGUACGUCAACGACGGCGUGUACGGCAACUUUUCGAGCAUCAUGUUCGACCACCAGCACCCCGUUGGCAAGAUCCUCCGCCGCAACGGCGAGACGCUCUACAACACGCCGGAGGCGGAGCCGUGCGGCGCUGGCGAAGGCGUCGAGUACUCGGUGUGGGGCCCGACGUGCGACGGCAUUGACCGCAUCAGCGAGAGCACCCGCUUUCACUCCAUCCUCGACGUUGGCGACUGGCUGUACUUUGAGGACAUGGGCGCCUACACCAAGUGCUCUGCCACGCAGUUCAACGGCUUCCCCAACGCCCACGACGUCAUUUACGUCUGUAGCGAGCCCGGUGCCAAGGCGCUCCUGGGCCUCUGAGGACCAGGCGCUGACUUGGUCGCAUUCUUCUUCACUUCUAUGGUUGAAAAAGCUGGACACACUGGAGGCUUGGAAAGAGAAGGUUGAAUUAUUUUUGCUUGCAAAUAACGAAAGAAAAAACCACAUGAUAGAAGGCAGCAAUCUAGAGAGAGAUAUGGUCUAGACGACAAUGUUAUAGCUUUGGCGCUAAUAUCAUGAACGACUUGGCCCGGCGCAUGAAUGUGCCAUGCUAUCUGGCAUGUGAAGCACCCC